AAUGUCCAUAAAUCAGUUAUGCAAUGACCCAGACGAAGAAGUAAAAGAGGCAGCUGCUGUAUUAGAAAAUAUGAAACAAACUUCCACUCGUUCAACUUUGGACACAUCAUCUCCUCACGAAGCAACAUUAGCAAAUCCAAACGGUGAAGGAUUUAUGUCGCGAUUAAUGAAUGCAUAUGAACAGGGUAAAGCAACAUCCCCUUUCAUAAAAUUUACUAGUGAAAUGGUUGAAUCAUCAGUCUCUAGAAUUUCUGAAAAAAUUCCUG